GUUUGUUUUUCAGUGAGACAUUGCUCGCCUUCGUUGUUGAACGUGUGUGUUCAGACACGCGCGUACGCAUGCAUGCAUAUUUUUGCCAUGCAGCAGCAAGUAAGGAAGGCCUGUGUCUGCGAUUUUACUUGUUAUUUGUUUGAGUUUUUGUUUUCUUCUUAUUUUAUUAUUGUCGUCGUCGUUAUAUGUAUUAUUAUUGUUGUUGUUGCCGUGUUCCUUUUGCUAGUGUUCAGCCAUUCGCAAAUUAACGCGCAACGACUUGAGUAGUCAAGUUAGUUAAGCCAGCCAGUCAAGCCAUUAGUCGUUUAGUCUUACGCUUAGUUUUAACAACAAACAAGUUCUCUUUUCUUACCGAUCGAUGUAACAAAAACCGUUAUUAUUAAUUGUAUUAUUAAAAUCAUCAUCACAUAUGUAUGUUGCAACCAAUAAUAUUAGCAACUAUGAUAACAACAGCAUACCAUAACAUAAAAUAAAACUAUUAUUAUAGUUACAAGUGCAAAAAUAAACUAAAAUAAAUAAAAACAUAAACAAAAUAGGUACAUAACAAAAAGUUGGAGGACAAAAUUAAAUAACACGCGCUAAGAUACAGUAAUAACAACAAAACAUACAAAAUAUAAGAAUUGUAAAUGCAACAUCCAAGACUUAAAAAUCUCUUCAUUGACUGACGACGACUACCUUGUUGCAAGAAGGAAUACUUGGCUAACGAUCGAUCAGUUAGUUAGUCGAUCAAACAGUCAGUCAGUCAGUUAAGCAAGCAAUCAACAAAAACAACCUGUCUUAAUGUGCCAUGAUAUCGAGAUUGUUUUGUGUUACAUUGCUCGAGGUGAGAAAAAAAUAAUAACAAAUAUAAAAAUAUAACAACAAACUAAAUAUAAAGAACGGAACGAAACCCAUAGCGUGGAUAAUAAUAAUACUAUAGUCAACAAUUGUUAAUUUUCUUUACUUAGAUACAAAGGUAUCUAACGGUUGCUUUAAGAAAUUCUAGAGCAAAUUGAAAUUAAUAAUCGUUUUAACAAAUAUGUCCUAGUGAUAAAUUCAAUAAUUAAGUUAAUUUGGUGCAUUAUAAUGUUUACUGAUUUCGCGAGAAAAAUGUAAUAAAUAUAAUAAAAAUUAUGUAUUUAUGGUUGUGAGUGGAAUAAUUUCAUGAAAAAUAUAACAAUAAAUAAUUUUAAAUUAUAAUGAAAAUUACAGUAAUUUAAACCACGUGCUCUUUUAAAAUAAUAAUAAACAAAAACUACAAUAAGCAAGAUUUAAUUAUAACAUUCGCAAUAAAAUCUCUAGGAAAUUCAUGCUUGAUAAUCCGGGAUCCUUUUUGAACAAGAGUAUUAUAGUCCAGAUAUAUAAAUAUAUAUCCAACGUUUUAUUCAACGUUCGAAUUCAUGUGCUGUGAGACACGUUAAUGGCCUGAGGAAUUUGCUAUAACUUUUAAAGUUUUCAAGCACUUUUUGUGUGCACAUUACGAUUCUUUUACAAUAAAGUUCAAAAUUUAUUACUAAAUGGCAAAAUUUUAGCAAAAACUGAAAAAAGAUAUUUCCCCUUGUAAAUGCACUUGGAAACUUUAGAGACGUUGCGGCACCUGUUAACGUUAUCCUAGCAGCCGAAUUUUUUGUAUGAUGUAGUAUUACAGCCCAGAGAACAAAUAAAAGAGUGGGGACGGAAAAAAUUCGCAACUUGGUUUUUUUGGAGCACUCUAAUACUCAGUUCGAAAUCAUGACAAAUUUAGAUGGUAAUCUUCAUCACAACCAAGAACAAAUAGAGUGCAUACAACAGCAACAGGAAAAUUGUUUCCAGGAAUUACAGCAUCAGUUGAAUUCCCAAUUAUGUGCUGUCGCACAACAUACCAGUUUCACAACCCAAACUACCAUACAGCAACAACCAACACCAGCAGCAACAAUAGUGCCAUUUUUACCUGCAUUUUUACGUCCUCCUCCCCCGCCACCUCCAUCACAUCUAGCGGCGGCAGCUAGCAACCUUCCCACAGUAUUGCAUACACACGCUCUCCAUGCCUCGCAACAUAACAAGAUGACAAUGCAACCGAUGUGGUCAACGGCAGCUGUCGCAGCAGCGCAUUUACAGGCCGCAUUGGCAGUAGCGGCAGUUGCAGUCAACAAUGACUCCAACAAUACCAGUAACGUAGGCGAACAAGCAAAUAAAAUUACCAACAACAACAGUUCAAUAACUAAUGAGAACGGGACAACGUUGCCUCAUGAAUAUGGCAUUGGAAGCAAGAGCGUGUUACAUAGCCUAAGUUCCGAAUUAAACUUUGUUGAUGUGGUGGCAAGUACGACUACACCGCCUUCCACACCUUUAUAUAAUGUAAAUAACAAUAAUAAUGAUAAUAACAACAAUAGCGAAUGUCCUUCGCCAGCGCCUUGUUCUCCAGAUGAUGUUAUCGAAAACAUGCAAGUAGAUACAUUAUCCAUGGAUGACGAUAACGAUCUUAUGUCUAGCUCAAAUGGAUCCAACAGCCCGAGAUCUAACUCAAAUAGUUCAGCUCAGGAGGAUGUUAUUUUAACGAGUAAAGAGGAGUCCUUGGAUGAUGAGGAUGUUACAGAAGCUCCGUUAAACUUGUCAAAACCAAAGUAUUCAUCAAGAUCAUCGAUUGAUGCGGCUAUUAACAGUGCUAUUUUAAUUAAGCGAGAAAACGAUCGCCUGACUCCUGUCUCAAACUGUGAUUCUCCAUUGCAUUGGCAAUCAUCAUCGUCUUCAAACGCCGAUACAAAUUUUGUUGCCAUCCACAUUUGGAAUAACCCUGAAACUCAAGAAUCCGAUACGAUAGCACCUUUUAACAAUAUUGAAAAUAUAUCGGUUACAAGAGUUACUCGUAAUAGUCGAGAUUCAACAGGUGCAUGUGCUGGAAAACGAAUUUCGGACCAGUUUAGCCCAGCUGUUCAUCAGGAACUUAAGCCGACUAGUGGAACUAAACAAGCACAUUCACCCGCUACGUUCUUACCACAAGAUAUCCAUUCCAAUCUACGUGAAAGUUGCAGCAAUAGCCGGGACACCAGUAGCAGUCAUGGGCAUGGCCACGGCUAUCACAGCAAGCAACAUAUAAAACGUCCUAUGAAUGCCUUUAUGGUUUGGGCUAAGGAUGAGCGUAGAAAAAUUCUUAAAGCAUGUCCCGACAUGCAUAAUUCGAAUAUAUCGAAAAUAUUGGGAGCUCGCUGGAAAGCCAUGUCUAAUGCCGACAAACAGCCCUAUUACGAAGAACAAUCUCGCCUUUCAAAACUCCACAUGGAACAACAUCCAGACUACAGAUAUCGACCUAGGCCAAAGCGAACAUGCAUUGUAGAUGGCAAAAAAAUGAGAAUUUCUGAAUAUAAAGUCCUUAUGCGUAACAGACGGGCAGAGAUGAGACAAUUGUGGUGUCGCGGAACAGGCUCUCCAGGUGCAAAUAUUCCAGGUUCUGCCCGACCACCCUGUCAUCAUUCUCCUGAAUGCGAAGAUGAAGUGCAGGCAGCAGUAACCGCUGCCUAUCAACUGCAGGACAUGGGUCAAGCGGUAGCUGUUGCAGCCGCCGCAGCUGCAGUAGCAGCUGGCAUAAAUAACAUGGAAGAAUGCAACUCUACUUUAAUAGAUCGUGUCACUCCAACUACUAGCAGUAGCAAUAGCAAUUACUAUCCCGCUGAAAGUAUAUCAGAGUUGGAAUUUGCAAAUGAGAGUAAUGCAAUUGGUUUUGAAUCUCGAGAUGACGACUGAGUGGAUCAAUAUUAUGAAAUUAUUAUAAAUACGUAUUAUGAAAUUAUAGUUAUAUAAGUGUAGUAUAAACAGCAGCCACAAUAGUAAAACAUUUUUUGUUCAAAAUAAUGACACAAAUACACACAUACCUACAUUCUACAAUACACAAAUCCACAUAUUUCAUAUAAACACAUUAAGUUGUUUUUUACGAUUUAUCUUUUAUAAAGGGCCCACUCUCAAGAAACAAAUCGAAAUAACCCAUGUCAUAAAACUUCAACGCUGAAAAAUUUGGUCAAAUCGAAUUAUAGCUUAUCGGAUAUGAAUUGUAAAUGUUAAAAAAUAUUGAACUAUUAUGAUAUGCCAAAUCAAAUAUAUUGAGGUCUAUUGAGAACUAAUAACAAUUCGGCUAUAAACUAUUGUUUAAAUAAAAUAAAUUUAAACCAUUCCAAGCAUAUCUUUAAAUUUUAGAAAGCAUAUUUGCAAAAAAAAGUUUGUGUUAUAGAAUAUGUAUUAAAAUUUAGGAAAAUUUUCCGAUAAAAGUUCGUUAUCAAGUAAUUUUAAUAGUAUUUUUUACGUGUUUUCCACAUGUAUGUUAAGCUAGAUAAACUUAUCUAUGUUGACUAAAAUUCAGAGUUAAAUUUUCGUAAAAAACAAUUUAAUGUAAUGUAUGUAAAUAUUUUUGAAUUAAAUAUACGAAUUUAUACACCGGUCACAUUAGUCACUAAACGUACAAAACUAAAAAUUCUAAGUCUUUAUAAUCAAGACAUUUUUUGUCAAUAAUCUGUGUGCCAUAAAUAUGUAUAUAUAGGUUAUUUGUCACACAAACAACAUUCAUGCGAAAAAAUUCCAAUUACAGUGAAUUUUCCCAUAACUCGGACGUGGUCAUAUUUUAAAAUAGGAAAAUAUUAGACCUAAGUUCAAAAUAUUGUAUCUAUGAGUAGAAAGAAACCAUAAAUAAAUCACAACCGAAAUUGAGAAUAAUAUUUAUCAUUUAAGAGUAUAAAAAGUAUUCGGGGUACAAUAAAAGCGGUUACUAAAAUAUUUUCUCUUCUAAAACAUUUACAAAAUAAUUUCAACUCUUUAAUACUGAAUUUUACUAUUUAUAUUAAAAUAAAUCAAGGUUGACAACCGUUAUCACUAAGCUAUCGUACUGCUUAAAUACCGAUAACGCUUAAAUAGCAAUACCGAAAUAUGUUAAAAUGCCAAAAACGAUAAAAUGUAGACUAGACAAUUGACUAGACUUAAAAAUAGAGUAUAAUAUGCAAUAUAUGUAUAUAUCUAAUAUGUAGUAAACUAGUCUAAUCUAUAUUUCGUUAGUAUUUAUCCAUUAUUAUGAGUGGUACAACAUUAUCGUGACCACAGAUCGAAUUUAGCAAGUCAUUUAUAGUAAAAAAAGUCGCGAAAGUGUGUAGGAGCCAAAGCAUGGCGGACAUAUGUAUAUAGAUCCAUAAUUGGUCAUAAAUCGACUACUUUAAAAAGCCAGUAAGCACUGAAAUACAGCGUAAUCGAGUUUUAUAUCAACGAAAAACCUCCUACUUAGCUCUAUGAGGAACUGCUUAUAAUUGGCCCUCAUUCAAAAAAGGAUUUUAAAGUUUUUACGAACUUAAUAAUAAAACUACGAUAAUAAAACUACGAAGAUAUGUCUACCAAAUUUUGUAAAGCAGAAUAUAGCCUAAACUAAUUUCAAUUUCGGAAGUGGUCCUCAAAAUCACCGCUAAGAUGUUGUUUUAGUACAGUAUCGUUACCAAUAAAAUAGCGAUACCAAAAUACCGAUAACGCUAAAAUACCAAUACCGAAAUAAGUCAAAAUACUGGUAACGCUAAGAUAUAGUUACCGAAUUAUCACCUUUUCCAAACGCUUGCCAACCUUGAAUGAAAUACUUUAGAUUUUAUUGUGCUUUUCGCACAAAAAAAUAUUUCAAAGCAUCAUUUCUUAUUAUUUUUAUGUCGAUGUACCUCGAAUAUUUUUACAACUUACAUAUAAUAUCGUGCCAUUAUCUAAUCUAAUCCCAACAUUAACAUACACAUGUAUUAAUACAUGAAAACAUAGGGUGGUUUCUUCAAAGUACUUUUGUGAACUUCAAAGUCUGCUAAUCGAAUUAGAUUAUACCAUGUGCAAUACCUAAUUUUUUAUUUAAUAUGUAUAAUUAAAGGCCACAAUUGCUCUGUUUUUCUCUAAUAAAAUUAAUCCAAAUUUUAAUGUAUGUUAAAUUUUGGAUCCUUUAAAAGAGUGGCUUCUACUGGCGGGGUAUUACAUGGCCAUAAUUUUAUUGAAGAUUAUGUGUUCGAACAACGCAUUACCAGUGAAAAUAAAAACUAUCAUCCUUGUUGCACCAUCUGAAUUCGAAAGAACAUGCUAAGAAAUAAAUAUAUCAAAUAUUGUAUCGUUGUUAUGAAGAUGGUUAGGAUCGGAUCUCUUUUUGGAACUAGUCCUAAUGUAUCAUUCUAAAUAAAUAAAUUAUAUGAAUAAACUCCAAAAAUAUACGUACAUACAACGAAAUUUCAGUUGCAAAUACUUAAAGGUGAGGAAAGAUUAAAUUUUGUAAUCGCAAGCACAAUUAUAAAAGGUUUAAUUUGAAAUGUAAAUGUUAUGUUAUAAGCGAAAGUGAUAUCAACAGUGAUAUUAACAGGUAGUAGUACUACCACUACUAGUCUCUGUAACAUUAUACCAAUUUCUUAUUAAUUAAUUAUGUACCGGUGAAUAAUUGGGAAAAUAAAAGUAAAUUUUCUUAACCCUCUUAAAUAAUGCUGAAGUUGGCAAUUCUGUGGUCAUUGUUUUACACGCUUGGAAGAGGACGAUGUUUUUCUAUUAAACGACAAAGCAAUGGGUGGAAUACCAAAUAGUUUUUGUACGUUCAUACAAAGUGAUAACUUUCUGGAUGGCGGGCCAUUAGCCGUGCGCAAAGGUCUUAUAUAUUGAGGUAUUUUGUAUCUGCUUUACAAAACUAAGAUUUUUUGAUGUACACCCAGCUAAAAAAGAACUUCCAAAGAAGCGAAAAAAAGUAGAAUUUACUCCAUGGUAGUAGUGAAAAAGACAUAAAGAAGUAAUGAUUUUAACUCAAGCUUGUCAUAGGAGGGAUGUUACUUUUAUUUGAUUACAAAUUCAAUACAUCUGAAGUCAUUCUUAGAAAGUAAUUUUUAUGUUCUUUUCUUGGAAGUAAAUACAU